AUGGAAAAGACAGAACAAAGCAUGAAAGAUGACGAUUACAUAUCAGUCAAUCGCCAAUUGUGGAACGCAAACACUAAUAUUCAUGUUGAAUCUUCAUUUUAUAAUGUUCGCGGAUUUCUUGUGAAUAACAAUUCUCACACAUUAAACCCAACUGAGCUUGACCUCCUCGGUGAUACCGAGCAAAAGUGCAUUCUUCACUUACAAUGUCACUUUGGUCUUGACACAUUGUCACUUGCGCGUCUAGGUGCUAAACAUGUCACCGGUGUUGAUCUAUCUAAUGUGGCCAUUGAUAAAGCGCGUAAAUUAGCUAUUAAGACAAAUUUAAAUUAUAUUACCGAAUUCAUCUGUUGUGACAUUUAUGAACUGGAACAACAGUUGCCGCUUGAACAGGAUACGUUAUUCGACAUUGUCUUUACUUCAUAUGGGACAACAGCAUGGCUUCCAGAUUUGACUAAAUGGGCGCGACUGAUUGAACAGUAUUUGAAAGUCGGGGGUUUCUUUGUAAUUGUUGAUUUUCAUCCAAUUGUCUGUUUGUUCGAUGAUGCCUAUGGACCAUUAGCAACGCACUCAUACUUUGAUCGAGGACCGAUCAUCGAAAAUACAAAAGGAACCUACGCGGAUCCUGAUGCUCCCAUAGAGAAUAAAUCUGUUGAAUGGAAUCACACUAUGGCUGAUAUUAUCACAGCUUUAAUCCAGCAUAAUCUUAAAAUUGAUGUCUUCAAAGAAUUAGAUAGUAUACCUUACGAUGUCUAUCCUAACAUGUGUCGAUCGUCACACGAUGGACAAUAUCGAUUCAAGAAUUUCCAUGGGAAAAUACUUUUAGUGUAUGCAAUUAAAGCGACAAAAAUUACACCUGGAAAUUGA